CAUUCUUCUCCAAACUAUUUAAACCCUUCCAAUUCCUUUCUUUCUCUUUAAGAAUUCACGCUUUAAUUAUCUGUCUCUCUCAAGUUCCACGGCCAAAGAAGCAUUAUCACACUCAAGCAUCCUUCCGCACGGGUUAGGAUUAAUUAUGAAGGUGAUGUUCACUUGUUCCCUUCAUGUUUGCGUCAAGUGCGGAUUCCAGUGUUGACCACAAAUUUAGCCGCUAAGAUACACCUGCACAUGCGAUAUGCGAGCACGAGCUCGCCGCAUAACAUGUUCGAGGAAUUGCUUCACGGAGACCCGUUCCACGUGGAGGCCUAUCACAACCUCUUAAUGUUGACUUCGAAGACGAACAAGCCAACCGAGGAACUAUUGAAGAGAAUCGAAGAGGUGUACUGGUAUUGAUGGGUAAAAGGUGUGAAAAUUCUACAAAAAAAUGAUGGGAAAUUGUGAGGGUGAAGUAGAGGUGGGUAAGGAUUGUGGAUUGAUAUUUGAUAUAAAAGAGGUAGGAAGAGGCGCUGACAAAGGGGUUAGUUGAGAGUGACAAAAACAAGAGGUUUUUGCAAGCCAAAUCACAAAACAAAGGGCCAUGCUUGCCAUUUCGGUGGGCUAUUUCAACAAAGAUUCUGCAAAUUUCCCACUUACUCCCCACCUCUUCAAACAAACACAGCUGUAAACUCGCUGUCCAAACACUUCCCAAAGAUUUCGCGGACAGGAUUCUCUGUCUGUUGCUUCUCGUGGACGCGACUUCUCGAGCUUUGAAACAGAUAUAAUUCGGAAGACAAAACAACUCACACAUCUGCUUAACCAACUUAGCUAAACGGUCAUUAUUAUUUGUGCUUAUGCCUGGGAACAAGUACAACGGCAACUCCAGCAACAUUCCGACGAGCCGUUUGGAGCGGUUGUUGAGGGACAGAGAGCUGAGGAAGAGUGGGAGGGCGAGCGAGAACAAUGGAGAAGCGAUGGAGGAGGAGGUGGUGCGGUUGAGAGAAGAAGAGAGCGCGGCGGAGGCGGCGACGAAGGGGGCCGGUGGUGGGGAGGAGAGGCAAGAAACGAAGCCGUUUCGGCAGAGGCUGCUGGUGGUGGCUAACAGGCUGCCGGUGUCGGCGGUGCGGAAAGGAGAGGACGCGUGGUCGUUGGAGAUGAGUGCCGGUGGCCUCGUCAGCGCGUUGUUAGGUGUGAAGGAGUUUGAGGCAAAGUGGAUAGGUUGGGCCGGUGUGAACGUGCCAGAUGAGAUUGGACAGAAGGCACUUACUAAAGCCUUGGCUGAAAAGAGGUGUAUUCCUGUAUUUCUUGAUGAAGAGAUCGUUCAUCAAUAUUACAAUGGCUAUUGCAACAACAUAUUGUGGCCACUUUUCCACUACCUUGGACUUCCACAAGAAGACCGCCUUGCCACCACACGCAGUUUUCAGUCUCAGUUUGAGGCGUAUGAGAAAGCAAAUCAGAUGUUUGCUGAUGUUGUGAACAGGCACUAUGAAGAGGGUGAUGUUGUUUGGUGUCAUGAUUACCAUCUUAUGUUCCUUCCCAAAUGCUUAAAGACACAUAACAAGAAAAUGAAAGUUGGAUGGUUUCUCCACACCCCUUUUCCAUCUUCUGAAAUUCACAGGACACUGCCGUCUCGUUCGGAGCUCCUGCAUUCCGUUCUUGCCGCCGAUUUAGUUGGUUUUCACACCUAUGAUUAUGCAAGACAUUUUGUUAGUGCUUGUACUCGCAUCCUUGGACUUGAAGGUACACCUUACGGGGUUGAGUAUCAAGGGAAGCUAACUCGAGUUGCUGCAUUUCCAAUUGGGAUAGACUCAGAACGAUUUAUACGUGCUCUUGACCUUCCUCCAGUACAAGAUCACAUCAAAGAACUACAAGAAAGAUUUAAAGGCAGAAAGGUAAUGUUAGGUGUUGAUCGCCUUGAUAUGAUUAAAGGAAUCCCUCAGAAAAUUCUAGCAUUUGAAAAAUUUUUGGAGGAAAAUGCUUAUUGGCGUGAUAAAGUUGUUUUGCUUCAAAUUGCUGUCCCGACAAGAACAGAUGUUCCUGAGUAUCAAAAGCUUACAAGCCAGGUUCAUGAAAUAGUUGGUCGAAUCAACGGAAGAUUUGGAACAUUGACUGCUGUUCCUAUACAUCACUUGGAUCGCUCACUUGACUUUCAUGCACUAUGUGCUUUGUAUGCUGUUACGGAUGUAGCACUAGUCACAUCUUUGAGGGAUGGAAUGAAUCUUGUCAGCUAUGAAUUUGUGGCCUGCCAGGAGAAAAAGAAAGGGGUUCUCAUUCUUAGUGAAUUUGCUGGUGCAGCACAAUCUCUUGGUGCCGGGGCAAUUCUUGUCAAUCCUUGGAACAUUACAGAAGUUGCUGCUGCAAUUGCUCGGGCUCUUAAUAUGCCAUCUGCUGAAAGAGAAAAGAGACAUAAGCAUAAUUUUAAUCAUGUAAUAUCUCAUACUGCUCAAGAAUGGGCAGGAACUUUCGUAAGUGAACUAAAUGAUACUGUUAUUGAGGCACAACUAAGGACAAGACAAGUUCCACCUCGGCUUCCAACCAAGACUGCAAUUGAAAGUUAUCAGCAGUCAACUAAUCGACUGCUCAUUUUGGGAUUCAGUGGAACUUUAACAGAACCAGUUGAGAAAACAGGUGAUCAAAUUAAAGAAAUGGAACUGAAGGUUCAUCCAAAAUUGAGACAACCUUUGACAGCACUAUGCAGUGAUCCAAAUACCACAGUUGUUGUGCUCAGUGGAAGCGGUAGACAAGUCCUAGAUGAUAACUUCAAAGAAUACGACAUGUGGUUGGCAGCUGAGAAUGGAAUGUUUUUACAUCCUUCAAAGGGUGAGUGGAUGACUACAAUGCCAGAGCAUCUGAAUAUGGAAUGGGUUGAUAGUGUGAAGCAUGUUUUUGAGUACUUCACAGAAAGAACACCUCGGUCACAUUUUGUUUUUGAAGAAAGGGAAACUUCACUUGUAUGGAAUUACAAAUAUUCAGAUGUUGAGUUUGGAAAACUUCAAGCAAGGGACAUGCUGCAGCAUCUCUGGACAGGUCCAAUUUCUAAUGCAUCAGUUGAAGUUGUUCAAGGGAGCCGAUCCGUUGAGGUGCGAGCUGUUGGUGUUACAAAGGGAGCAGCCAUUGACCGCAUCUUGGGUGAGAUAGUGCACAGUAAGUCCAUGACAUCACCAAUUGAUUAUGUUCUUUGCAUAGGACAUUUUCUGGGGAAGGAUGAGGAUCUGUAUUCAUUUUUUGAGCCGGAUCUUCCCUCAAUUGGUGUGGGUCUUCCUCGAAGCAAGGUAACAACUGAUGGAGUUAAGUUUCCUGUUGAGAGGAAACCAUCUUUGAAUGUUCCAGCUACUAAGAGUGGACCAAAAUCAUUUCCAAAUAAGGCACAACGUCCAGUGUCAAAUUCUGAGAAGAAAACAAAUAACCAUAUAUGCAGUACACCACGAAGGCCAGCGCCCGAAAAGGAAUCAUGGAACGUGCUUGACCUUAAGAAAGAGAAUUACUUCUCUUGUGCUAUUGGACGAACAAGAACAAAUGCUCGGUAUAUACUCGAUUCAUCAGACGAUGUCGUUUCGUUUCUGAAGGAACUAGCAGUUGCUUCUUCCCGCCUUUACCACUGAGUCUAAAUACUGUGCCUUGGCACAGGGAGAAUUCGGCCGAGCUGGAUUCACUGGAGUCACUUUUUCACGCAUUCAUGUAUUCAGUGUAUUUGUAACUGUUGGAUGAAAAUUGAACUGCUGAUAUCUCGAAUAAGUUUUUCAAAUUAGACUGCUUAUAAAAUGACAUCUUCAUCCAACAGUUCCAAGUUGUUGAAUGCAUAAAUGCGGGAAAAGAGUGAAUCCGAAUCCGAAUUCGGCUCACCCUUCACUCCCAUUACAGAAGACUACUUCUAACUUCUACAAUACGAGUGUGGAAACGAGAAUAAAGUUAUGAAAGAAAGAAACAAAUAUAUAGAAGAUCGAUGGUGAUCUAUAUUUGGAAGAUAAAGAAAGAAUGUAAGGCUUUCUAUAGUCCAACUAAGUCUUGUAUAAUAGUGCUUCAUUUGGUUAUCUUUCUUUUCUGCACAAGGCUGUUACCUUUCAGAAACACCCAAUUGAGUUAUCAAAUUUAUUAAACGGUUGAUAAAUAAUCAUUUUAAUGGUGUGCAUAGGAAGUUUUGUAUGGCUGUGAA